AUGCUCCUACAUGCCCGGACCAGAGGCCAAAAAUCCCCUUUCCAGGCCGCCAUCUUCAUCGUGUCGCCGACUCCCUUCUUUCCCCGCGCGGACUGCGGUAUCGACGCCCGCAGGUACUUCGGCAUCGCCGCGUCCGAGCCCAGCCGGCCCGGUGCGCUCAUGCGAGUAACCGACUACCUAGUCACGGACCUGGUGUAUCUGAAGAAAGGCAAGGGGGCGGAGGACGUCUUGAACCGGAUUUUCCAUGCCACGGUCGGCCCGUACCGCAUCAGCAUCUCGAUAGCCCCCGCGCAGGGGUCACAAGAUCAGUGGCGUCGCCACGGCCUGGAUCUGGUGCAGCUGUAUGCUCGUGUCACGGUGGUGGAACAUGGGGAGGGUCAUGGCGUGCCGGCCAGGUAUAGAGAAGAGAUAGUCAAUGCGGUCGGGACGGUAAUGGUUGGGUCUGAGGGUAGAUAA